AUCUGUGAAUAUUAAUACGAUAGUAUGACUAGUAGAAAAAGUUUUAUGUCAAUAUAAUUUUUUAUCAUACAGCGACAAUAACGAUUUAGCUCAAAUUUUACUUCAUGAUAGCAUUGAGUGAUUGCUUCAAUAGUUUGGAUGUCUUUCUUGUGAUUUAUUCUUCCUCGAACAAUCAUGGUGCCAUUAUCUUAUCGGAUAUAAAACUUUUCUUCGGUUUUUUAUGAAUAAUUCAAAAAUGUUUUUCAUUUUAUUUGUUGAUAUUUUGAUAAUAAAAUUAUGUAUUCCGUCUAUUCAUUAAAUAAAGUUUACCCCAAAAGAAUAUUGAAAUAAAGUUAUGCGGGAUGGUCGAAUUCAUUAUUUACCUGCCCUUAUCCUUUAUAUCCUUCUAAAAUUUUUUUUUACAAAUAACAAAUUUGUACGUCAAAGCUAUUGUGUUCCUUAAUUUCUAAGAGGACUACUAUAAAAUAUAAUACUUUGACAGUACAAAUUGAAAAUAAAUAAAGCGUUCGAAACAAAAUAUGUGUUUUAUUAGGUAACAGGACUUUAAUGUUGUGGUUUUUCUCAUCAGUGCCAGCGCAGUUUAUACCAGGACGGACGGGGGCCGGUUUACUUUUACUUAACGGUUUUACAUUUUAUGUGAAAAACCACCAAGCUCAUGGGAAGAAGCAGUGGUACUGUUCCUCUAGAGAUGUUCAUGGUUGUCGUGCUGAUGUCAUCACUUAUAAAGGACUCGACGGGCGUAUUUACUAUCUGCCAUCGCAUAGAACUGGGAGUAUGGUUCUUAUAUUCAAGGACAAUAAGUAUUGGAUAAACAACAGGUAUCAGAACACCAUAAACUGGACGUGCAGAGAUCGCAAACGCCUCGGUUGCAACAGCUGUGUGCAGACAACUGUUGAGGGCCGCUACAUAAAACACAAGGGCUUUCACAAUCACGAGGAUAAUUACACGAAAUAUAACUUCAAUGAUUAACGUGGAAUUUUUUUUUAAGACUUGACAAAUAUUCAUGUAGCGUUUUAGGUAUAGAAAACUAUUUAAAAUUAAAUAUAGUAAUAGUUUUAUGGCCAAAAAAAUUAAUGGCACUAAUCGUAUUUUCUUUUUUGUUCUGUUAGUAUUGCUUCGUGACCAUAGUUCUUUUUUUAAAUUUUAAGUCACAUUUAACUUGCCAGUAUUAGUCCUCCUGUUUAAAUGAUUUUACUUAUAAUAUAAUACUCAUAUAAAUUAGUUUAUAUUUUAAGGUAAAUGAAAGUAAUGUAUUUUAGUUAUUAAUUACCAUCUAUUAUAAUUUAAUCAUGUAGAAACGAAUAUUAUAAUUAAUAAUUAAUUCAAUCGUAUUAAACACACUGAAAUUAUUUGCGGUAGCUCAUUGUAUGUCAUAUAACAAUAUUUGUGCCAAAAUAGAAGUCAAGCAACGGAUUUACUUGCCUGAUUUUUGCACUAAAAACAUAGACGCAUUGAUGAAACUGUUGCGGUAUUUUGACAACAGAUGGCGCUAUCCUUAAAAUAUUAAUAAUCUUACUAGACCUUAAUAAUUUCAUUACGUAUGUGUUUUAUCAUAAAAUACCUUAGCAUCUGAAGUUAAUGGCAGUCUAUUUUUAAAUAGACAACAAUUAUUAAAUAUAUUUAAUACGUUGUGAUCAAAAUAUAUCAACUAGUUUUUAAGCAUUCCUCUAAAAUUGUAUUUAGUUAUUAUUAUUUAUCUCAACAAGAGCUAAGCUUUGUCAUUCCCAUGUUGCUCAAUGUAAUCUUGACUUAGAUAAUAGACUUGUAUUACCUACGUAUGAAUCCUAGUCAAACGACUAUUUAAAAUUUAUUGUGCCAAAUUGUAUGUACUUAAUUUAAUUUUUUUUUUAUAUACGUGUUAAUAUAGACACUUCUUCAAUACAUUAUAGUUAUUUAUAUUGGA